GGUUCGCGAAAGGACUGUUGGGGUUGCCUUCUCCUUCUCUACCUCUAAUUCCUAGCUUCUCCAUAAACCCACAACACUCACACCUAUCCUUGUCUCCUCUGCUCCCUUUUUCUUCUUCUCUGUCUCUCUUCUGCAGAGAAUUUGUUCUGUUAAGAGAGAUGGCAAUGCCGACAUCAAGCCCUGCAACUCCCACUCCCAGUGCCCAAGUGGUCGGGAAUGCCUUUGUGGAGCAGUAUUAUCAUAUUCUUCACCAAUCGCCAGAGUUGGUCUACAGAUUUUAUCAGGAUUCAAGCGUGAUAAGCCGGCCAGAACCCAAUGGCACAAUGACAUCAGUGUCAACCAUGCAAGCGAUCAAUGCCAAGAUUCUUUCUUUGGACUACAAGGAGUUUAAGGCAGAGAUAAAGACUGUAGAUGCUCAGGAUUCUUACAAGGACGGGGUGACUGUUUUGGUAACGGGGUGGCUUACUGGAAAGGACAAUGUGAGAAGGAAAUUCACACAGUCAUUCUUUCUGGCUCCGCAAGACAAAGGUUACUUUGUCCUGAAUGAUAUUUUUAGGUAUGCUGAUGAGAAUGAAACACUUGAGAGUAACCCUGUGUCAGUUAAUGGUGUUUGUGAAAGCGCUUCUGUAGCUCCCUUCACCCCAGAUCCAGAGCCUGCUCAUGUUCCUGACGGACCUGUACUUGACCCUGCAUCAUCUCUGAUGGAGGAGAGCCUUAAUAAUGGUGAGGAGGUCUGUGAUCCAUCAGACAAUGAUGAUGGAUCAGUUAUUGAAGAAGAGGUUCCUGUGGAGCCCCAGGCACAACUGAGUCAAAAUGAAGCCCAACCAGUUGCUGAGUCUGCUUCUACAGUCCAAGAGGAUGCACCUAAGAAGUCUUAUGCAUCAAUUGUGAAAGUCAUGAAGGGGAAUGCUGCUCCUACUACGGUUUAUGUACCUACUAAUAUAGUGAGGGCGGCAGCACCUGCUAACACUGAGCAUCAAUCACAUGGUUCUGCAGCACCUGCCUCAGCACCUGAAGCAGCAGUUCCUACCAUCAAUAAUGCCCCUGAAAGUAGCAGUGCCCAAGAAGAUGUUGAGGGGCACUCCAUCUAUGUCCGGGGCUUACCUUUAAAUGCCACUGUUGCUCAGCUUGAGGAGGAGUUCAAGAAAUUUGGUCCUAUUAAGCUUGGUGGUAUACAAGUCAGGAGUAAUAAGCAACAGCAAUUCUGUUUUGGCUUUGUUGAGUUUGAAUUGCAAAGCUCCAUGAAGAGUGCAAUUCAGGCUUCGUCCGUCACAAUUGGGGGUCGUCAAGUUUUUAUCGAGGAGAAGAGAACUACAACUCGAGUUGUUGGCAGUGGGAGAGGGGUACGGUUUCCUCCAGGAAGGGGUGGUGGUGGAUUCAGAAAUGACAAUUUCAGGGGCCGUGGAAACUUUGGUGGCAACCGGGGUUAUGGCAGAAAUGAGUUUGGAAACAGAGGCGACUUUUCAGGACGAGGAAGAGGUCCCGGACGCAGUGGUGAUAAUUAUCAGCGAGUUGACGAGAAUGCAAAUGGAAGAGUCGGCCGCCAAGGUGGUCAGGCUGCUGUUUCUGCAUGAAACUGUUAAAGAUUAGGGGUGAAAGUAAUUUCUGACGUGAUGAGUGAGUUAUUCUAGGGGCCAAAUAUUUGAUCAUUAAAUUUGGUUUGCAAAUUUAUAGUGUCAACUCUGCAUUGAGUUAAUUCUUUUGACUCUAGAUGGAGUUUAAAUUUGAGAUGAGAGGGUCUUUUGAUGUAAUGUUGGAUUUUUCGUCACAAUUUUGUACGUGCGAGUCAUUGUUGGUAGGUUAUAUUAGAAAUUCAUGGCUAAAUCCAACUUCUGCCAGACCUUACUUAGCUUAUUCACGUUUUGGUAAAGUGACUUUGGCUAAAUUUCUUUUACAAUGG